UUUUGUAUUUGUGGUAAUUGAGUAAUUCAUUUUUCCUGCUAUAUUGAGGUAUAAACAAAAUAGAUAGCAUUACAAAUUUAAGUUAAUACAACCCGUCAUAUUAAAGAACCUGGGCGUCACCCAUAAAAUUCCCAGUUAGAGGAAGGGGGCGCUACACAAAAUGGAGGCACCGCUGGGAUCGGUUUCAUAAAUUUGUGGUUAUCUAGGCUGUUCAGUUGUACCUAAAUUUCCUUGCUUUCAAUUGCGAGAAUGAUCAUGGAGUCUGUAUUGUACAAAAAAUACCAAGAUACACUUCGUGGUUGGUGUAAAGGAGAAGAACUUGAUCUAGCUCAUGCUAUACUGAUUGCUGGGGUAGCAGAGGAUGUCAACAUUAGCCAAAUUGAAGAAUUGAUGCAAACUGUGCACUGUUGGGGUCGUGUAAGAGUAAGAGGAAGGACCUACAGUGUUGAAGCAGGAUGUUUGCUGGUUCUAUGUGAAUGUAAAGAGGAAACAAAACCACAGAUUGUUCCUCCUGAAGUGCGGAGUGAUGAUGGUACUGCUGUGUGGCACAUAGUGGUGGUUGAUCCAAGGCCUGAUUCGUCAGAUGUGUCAGAUGACUUUGUUGGUAAGCUUCAUAGUUUCUUGCAAGCUGAAGGUAAAACAGUUGCAGACCUCCAGGAUUAUGUAGCUACCUCAGCACCCACUAAAGGUACUGCAGAAUUCUUCAUUCAUGCUAUGGCUGAAGUGAUGAAGCAGUCUAACAGAAGCAUGGCUGAGAGUCACCGUUAUCGUCGACUUCGAGUGUUUUCUGGUAUCACCCCUACCCCAAUGGGAGAGGAACAAGUUGAGUAUUGGCUUGAACAGGCAACAGUGAUGGUAGAGGGCAGUGAUUGCCCUGAAAAGGAGAAAAGACGUGGAAUAAUAGAAAGUCUGAGGGGUCCUGCACUAGAAAUUGUUAGGUCGUUGCGGUUCAGCAACCCUGAAGCUAGCUCAGAUGAGUAUAUUUCUGCUAUUGAUAGGGCUUUUGGAUCUCCAGAGACUGGAGAAGAUUUGUAUUUUGCAUAUCGUCUCAUUCAACAAAAAUCUGGAGAGAUGUUAUCUGAUUACGUACAGAGGCUGGAACCCUUUCUGGCCAAAGUUGUCAGAAAGGGGGGUGUAAGAGCUCAGGAUAUGAACAGAGUGAGAAUUGAGCAGUUGUUGCGAGGAGCAGUCGGGGCUGACAUUAUGCUUUUACAGUUACGUCUCAAAGAGAAAAGAGCUAACCCUCCUACAUUUCUUGAGCUGCUCAGUCAGAUUAGGGUAGAGGAAGAACAUGAGCGAUCACGGCGUAAAGUCCAUGCAAGGGUUCGGAGUGUUGGAGCACAGGAUUGUGUAUCUGCAACUGAUUUUGAUUUGCAAGAGCUUAGAGCUGAUGUGAAGGCUCUACAAGCCAAAAUGUCUGAAUUGAAAGUGAAGUCCAACCCUGUCAGCAAAGAAGGUGCUAGCACAAAAGUACAGGUUAGGCAGUGUACAUCAGAUGAUAAAGCAAUUGGAGCUUCUGAAUUACAGAAAAAAGUUGAUAGACUGAGUCAGAAAGUGAAGACAUUGGAGAGUAGAGAGCAAGCUCAACCUGCUUCUGCCUCUGCUGUGAAAGUAAAGGUCAGUGAUAGUGGCAGUAAGAAACCUCUUUCCCAACAGGAGGAUGAUUUUUUUUUUGUUAUCGUUGCAGGGAGGAUGGUCACAUUUCAACUAAAUGUACUGCUACGCAGAAUGAGAAGAAGGUAAUCAGGAGGCUUAUUGCUUCUCUUCGGAAAGCUAAAGAGAAACAAAGUAGUUCUGAGGUCAGUUCUGACAAGGAAACCACACACUGCUCUGCUAGAACACAGAUGGUCCAGAACACAGCAUCAGUUGCAAUUCCGACUGGGUUGGUGGGACCAAUUUCUACUGUGACAUUGAAGGUAAAUGGUCACCCUUGUGCUGCGCUGUUGGAUAGUGGGUCACAAGUGACCAUUGUAUUUGAGAAAUGGUACCAGGAACAUCUGUCACAUAUCCCUAUUCAACCAGUGUCAGGAUUGGCUA